AUGGCGUACAACGGCCACGGCCACGGCCAACGUCAAGACCACGACGAAUAUGGAGGGCAUCCCAUGCAAGACCUGCCCACUACCAGCAGCAGCAACUAUGGCAUGCCCCCCCAGGACCACGAUGAAGACGCCAGAGGCUACUUGCUGAAUGAGCCCCCGCCGCACGAGUACGACCACGAUCGGCUGGGGGCCGGUCCUCCUCCCCAUCGUCCGGUAUCUGCUUACAGCCUGACCGAGUCGUAUACUCCCGGUGCCACGCAGUUGCCGUCGCCUGGGGCCCGCGGCUUUGGGGGGAACGACUUUGGCCAGUAUGGCGAGAGCCAGCCUUUCGCAGGGUCGUAUGGCGACAACCAACCUCCCUCGAUGCUCCAGGACCAAGAAGAGGACUGGAUGCAGAGGCAGCAGCAGCCGCCCAACCUGGGCCAAGGUGGCGGCGGCCUGAAGCGAUACAACACCAGAAAAGUCAAGCUCGUCCAGGGCUCCGUCCUGAGCAUCGACUAUCCGGUCCCCAGUGCCAUUAAGAAUGCCAUCCAGCCUCGUUACCGCGACGUCGAAGGUGGCAACGAGGAAUUCAUGAAGAUGCGGUACACGGCCGCGACCUGCGACCCCAACGACUUCACCCUCAAGAACGGCUACGACUUGCGGCCCCGCAUGUAUAACCGACACACGGAGCUGCUCAUUGCCAUUACCUACUACAACGAGGACAAGGUGCUGCUGUCCCGGACGCUGCACGGCGUCAUGCAGAACAUCCGCGACAUUGUCAACCUCAAAAAGUCCACCUUCUGGAACAAGGGCGGGCCGGCCUGGCAGAAAAUCGUCGUCUGCUUGGUCUUUGACGGCAUCGAAAAGGCCGACAAGAACACGCUCGACGUCCUCGCCACCAUCGGAAUCUACCAGGACGGCGUCAUCAAGAAGGAUGUGGACGGCAAGGAGACGGUUGCCCACAUCUUCGAGUACACCAGCCAGCUGUCCGUGACGCCCAGCCAGCAGCUCAUCCGCCCGACGGGGGACAGCCCGCAGAACCUGCCGCCUGUGCAGUUCAUCUUCUGCCUCAAGCAGAAGAACAGCAAGAAGAUCAACUCGCACCGGUGGCUCUUCAACGCCUUUGGCCGCAUCCUGAACCCCGAGGUCACCAUCCUCAUCGACGCCGGCACGAAACCCAGCCCGCGAUCUCUCCUGGCCCUGUGGGAGGGCUUCUACAACGACAAGGACCUCGGCGGCGCCUGCGGCGAAAUCCACGCCAUGCUGGGCAAGGGGGGCAGGAAGCUCUUCAACCCCCUCGUGGCCGUCCAGAACUUUGAGUACAAAAUCUCCAACAUCCUGGACAAGCCCCUGGAGAGCUCGUUUGGCUACGUGUCGGUCCUGCCCGGCGCCUUCUCCGCCUACCGUUUCCGAGCCAUUAUGGGCCGCCCGCUGGAGCAGUACUUCCACGGCGACCAUACGCUCUCCAAGAUCCUCGGCAAGAAGGGCAUCGACGGCAUGAACAUCUUCAAGAAGAACAUGUUCCUGGCCGAGGAUCGCAUCCUGUGCUUCGAGCUCGUCGCCAAGGCGGGUCAGAAGUGGCACCUGACCUACAUCAAGGCGGCCAAGGGCGAGACGGACGUGCCCGAGGGGGCCGCCGAGUUCAUCAGCCAGCGCCGGCGCUGGCUCAACGGCUCCUUCGCCGCCUCGCUGUACUCGCUCAUGCACUUUGGGCGGCUGUACAAGAGCGGCCACAACCUCGUCCGCAUGUUCUUCUUCCACAUCCAGAUGAUCUACAACGUCCUCAACGUCGUCUUCUCCUGGUUCUCGCUCGCGUCGUACUACCUCACCACCACCGUCAUCAUGGAUCUGGUGGGCACGCCCGUCGUCGGCUCCGCCGGCGGCUCGGAGCACCACGGCUGGCCCUUUGGCGACGCGGCCACGCCCAUCGUCAACGCCUUUCUCCAGUACCUCUACCUGGCCUUUGUCAUCCUGCAGUUCAUCCUGGCCCUGGGCAACCGGCCCAAGGGAUCCAAGUACACGUACAUUUUAUCCUUUAUGAUCUUCGGGCUGAUCCAGGGGUACAUCCUGGUCCUCUCGGCGUACCUGGUCGCCCGCGCCUUCAACACGCCACUCUCGCAGCAGAUCUCGUUUGAUUCGGGCAACGACUUUGUCCGGAGCUUCUUCUCGGGCUCGGGCGCGGCAGGCGUCAUUCUCAUUGCCCUCAUCACCAUCUACGGCCUGUACUUUGUGGCGUCGUUCCUGUACCUCGACCCGUGGCACAUGUUCCACUCGUUCCCUUACUACCUGCUCCUCAUGUCGACCUACAUCAACAUCCUCAUGGUCUACGCCUUCAACAACUGGCACGACGUCUCGUGGGGCACCAAGGGCUCCGACAAGGCCGAAGCCCUGCCGUCGGCCCACGUGACCAAGGGCGAGAAGAACGAGGUGGUGGUGGAGGAGAUUGAAAAGGAGCAGGAAGACAUUGACAGCCAGUUUGAGCAGACGGUCCGGCGAGCGCUUGCUCCCUUCAAGGAGGAAGCCGAGGUUGAGAAGAAGGACGUGGAGGAUUCGUACAAGUCCUUCCGGACCGGCUUGGUCGUUUCUUGGCUCUUUACAAACAUAUUCAUCAUUGUUGUGAUUACCAGCAACAACUUUAACGGUUUUGGCAUCGGGAAAAACGCGACGGUGCGCACUGCCAAUUUUUUCAAGUUUUUGCUGUAUGCUACGGCUGUCCUGUCGGUUGUUCGGUUCUUUGGUUUCUUGUGGUUCCUUGGCAAGACGGGCAUCAUGUGCUGCUUCGCCCGUAGAUAA